AUGAUGCGCGGGACCGCCAAGACGGGAGCUGUUAAAACUGGACCAAUGGACUCGAACCCACGUUAUGGAAGCGUUAUGCUUUUUCCACUAAACUACGAUGACAACUCUUGUUUCUGGCUGUUUGACGACAUUCCAAUUUUCGGUUAUAUAAAGUUAUUGUACUCUUUAGCCCAACUUCUUGAAGCGAAUAAUGUUUUAAAUCCAGUUAAAACAACUGACAAGCUUUUUAAUCAUAACUUAAAUAGAGACUUCCCAUCUUUUGGCAUAAAUAAACGUUUUUUAAGAGGGGGGAAAGUGGUUAAAAAUCCUUUUGGAAAAGCUAAUAUUAAGUAUUGGUCUCAACGCUUUCGUUUAUUUUCAAAAUACGACCGGGGCGCCUUACUUGAUCGUGAAAGUUGGUUUUCUGUGACUCCAGAAAAAAUAGCUCUGCAUAUAGCUAACAGAUUUAUCGGUCAUAAAGUUAUUGUAGAUGCUUUUUGCGGUGUUGGUGGAAAUACCAUACAAUUUGCUAAAAUUUGCGAUAAAGUGAUUGCUAUCGACUUGGACAGCACAAAAAUAGCAUAUGCUAGACAUAAUGCUAAAAUUUAUAAUGUCCUUGAGAAGAUUGAGUUUAUUGAAGGCGACUUUUUUAAGUUGUGCCACGAAGGAGAUGCCGUAUUUCUUAGUCCUCCUUGGGGUGGCCCCCAAUACUCUAAAGCUUUUGUUUUCAAUCUAAGGAUGUUGGGACCGCCUAACGGAAUAGAAAUAUUUAAGUGCGCCUCUCUUAUAAGCAGCAAUAUCGCUUAUUAUAUGCCCAAAAAUUGCAAUAUCCACCAGUUAAUAGAACUUGCCGGUCGCUAUAACUUGUGUGAAAUAGAGCACAACUACCUUAACAAUAAACUAAAAACGAUAACCGCAUACUACGGGGAUCUUGUUCGUAGUUGA